GACUUCCUCUUCCUUUGAAAACCGGUAAAAAGGCUUGAAAUUCUCCUUCUUUCUUGUUCAAUCACAAGAUUUGGGGCUUAGAAUUCUCUCUCUCAACCCAUUAAUUUCCGGAUCUGCUCUGCUCUUCCUCCCCUAUCCACCGGUGCUGCUAGGCACGAAAUUCUUGGCUUUUUCGGCCCAUGAGUCCCCUGCAAAAUUUACCGCUGGCUUCUUCCCUCCGCCAAGUCCGAUUCUGCAGCUGGCUGGAAAUUCUGGUUUGGAUCGUUCUGUCACCGUAGCACUUGGGUUAAGCCUUCUGUUCUAUGCGAGUGAGGAAGCGAAACCGAGACGGGGAAAUCGAGGGGAGUGACGAGGUAGAAGGCUAGCCAUUUCUAAUCGGAUAUAAGUUUUAGAUUUUAUCACCCUUUUGUAAGGUAGAUUUUAUUUUCAAGAUUUUGUGUAUAAUUAAAUUCCAAGCCUUGUGCAUUUGUGGGACCCGUCUCACAAGUGCACAACGUCUACCACGUCCCCGAAUUUGGGUUCUGGGGCGUGACAUAGUAUUUGCUAACUUUUUUUUUUACCAAUUACGAAGUAUUUAGUGUUGGAUGAAAUUUGUUAUUUAGCAGUUUGAUAGUAAUGGUUAACAGUUAAAGCCAAUAUACUAGUAGAUUGAAAAUGCUCCAUAAAGUCAUGGCCAGUGUUAUAAACCUGUGUCACGCCCCAGAACCCAAAUCCGAGGCGCGACAGACAUCGUGCACUCGUGAGAUGGGUCCCACAAAUGCACAAGGCUCGGAACUUACUGAACAAAAUCAGUUUUGAUACCAUAAAAUUUCCAAUUAAAAUCUAACUUACAGGAGCGUGGUGUACAUGUAUCUAAAAUCUAUGUCAAAUCUCAAGUGGCUAGCCUUUUUUUC